ACAGAACAUCACUACGAACGCCUCCCGACAACCCUCGCCGAGGAUAAAGAACAGAUGGCAGCCAAUAAGGCGAAGGCUAGAAAGCCAGCCACACCCCUCACCCAAGACGAGAAGGAAAGUGCUGAGAAACAAGACACCGUGCCAUCGGAGCGGUCGGAAACGGCAGCGGUGCAGGCAUAAGGGGUGUACUGGAUCAUCGUCCGUAUACUUCGCAUGUGGUAAAUACGGGGGAUGCUGGAGUCUAGCUCAGCUCAGCUCAGCGGGCAACAAGUGCCGGUUGUCCGUCUGUGCUUGAAGCAUUUAGGAGUUUGUGGCGAAUAAAGGAAUCCCUUCAUUGUAC